GCCCCCUCGUGAGACCCGCAACUCAAAAACAAACAAAACUCAAUUUCGCCUUUGCGUGAAGAUUAAGCAGCAGUUGCACAUACUGUCAGCUAUAUCCCUAGCACUCUUCUGCCCAUGAAGUGAAUUAAUAACCUUCCACUGGAAGGCGCGUGACUGCCCCCUGGUUGGGUUUUGUCCCCUCUUAUUUGCAGCUAUGUCAUUGUGCAGGGCCUGGCGCAGAACUGCACUCAGUGCGUGUUUGUUGAAUGACUAAAGAAACUCCUUUUAGGCUCCCAGCCAUUUGCUUUUUUCAGGUCAGGAUUAUGACAGACAUCCCAUUUUUCCAAAAGCUGGUGUGCAGCCAGGGUUCCUUGGCCUCCAACUGACAGAGCCGGGAUUUGAACCUACGCCAGGUGGAGCCGUUGGGGCCCUCAGAGUGUUUCAUUCCCCCUGCAGGGCUUUCCUGACCCCCAGCUCCAGGAGGCCCCUGCCAAGAUGGCAUCAGCCAGAGACCCCGCUGCGGGCCCUCGGGAUGCCGCCGACCAGAACUUCGACUACAUGUUCAAGCUCCUGCUGAUCGGCAACAGCAGCGUGGGCAAGACGUCCUUCCUCUUCCGCUACGCCGACGACUCCUUCACGCCUGCCUUCGUCAGCACCGUGGGCAUCGACUUCAAGGUCAAGACCGUCUACCGCCACGACAAGAGGAUCAAGCUGCAGAUCUGGGACACGGCGGGCCAGGAGCGCUACAGGACCAUCACCACGGCCUACUACCGCGGAGCCAUGGGCUUCCUGCUCAUGUAUGACAUCGCCAACCAGGAGUCCUUUGCCGCUGUGCAGGACUGGGCCACACAGAUCAAGACCUACUCCUGGGAUAACGCCCAGGUCAUCCUGGUGGGAAACAAGUGUGACCUGGAGGACGAGCGGGUCGUGCCUACUGAGGACGGCCGGAGACUCGCCGAUGACCUUGGGUUCGAGUUCUUUGAGGCCAGUGCCAAGGAGAACAUCAAUGUGAAGCAGGUGUUUGAGCGCCUGGUGGACGUCAUCUGCGACAGGAUGAAUGAAACCUUGGAAGCCAACUCCAGCCCAGGCAGCAACGGGAAAGGCCCGGCCCUGGGGGACCCUGUGCCACCCCAGCCCAGCAGCUGUGGCUGCUAGGGGGACCCUUGGCCCCCGCUUGCCUCAUCUGCCACCUCAGGGACUGUGUGACCCAGGCAUGAGCCACAAGGGCUGUUCCCAAGCUCAGGGCCCCUUCUCUCCUGUGUGCUACUCCCCAGCCCGGCAUGGCUCACUUCCUCCCCGUGUCACCUCCACGCUCAACCCCAGGGGCUCGGCUCAGCAUUGCGCGCAGCAGCCUGGGGACAUUGUCACGCACACGCUUGCAGCUUUCUGAGGCCUUUCAGUGGGGUGACCGUCGGAGGCGUGUCCCAGCGUGCCUGAGGAAGAGGUCUCCGUAGUGCCUUCUACAACAGAACCAUUUUCUGGGGGCAUUCAGCGCUGGGCAUUGCCUGGUGUGUAGGAGUCCUCCAAAAGUGUCAUGAUACUUCUCCCAGAAGAGGCGGAGGCAGCCCCUCUUUCUCAGGUCCCCCAGCUUAGCCUUGAGCCUUCCAUAUGAAACCCCUAAAUGCCAAGGCUUUAAGUUGAGAUCACAAUUCAGGGCCCCACAGACCCCUCCCUCUGGCUGGCAGAUUGAAUACUAAAGCUCAUUUUCCUGUUAUAGAAAGGAUAGGGACCUGGACGUGGGGGCGCACGCCUGUCAUUCCAUCACUCAGGAGGCUGAGGCAGGAGGAUUGCUGAGGGUUCAAGGCCAUCCUGGGCUACAUAGCAAGAUGUCUCAAAAAGAAGGGACAGGAAGUUCAGCUGCUCCUGGUGGCGAGACUCCAAAAGUGCCUUCUGUGCUUCACGCCGUCCACGUCACGCUGGACCCCAUCGCUCCGUGGGCUGGUCCUGGAUUGGAUUCUGGAAUUUGGGCCGUUUUGGGGAGGCUGGGAAUCGGCCCGGUGUUAACCUCUGAGCCGGAGCCCAGACCCUCCCGCCCGGGCUCCAUCUGUCUGGUUGUAUUUUAAGCAAGAGCUUUCCAAAUCUUAUAUCCUGCUAGAAAAGGAACUUGAGCAACAUUCCCACAGCCCGUGCUUGCCUGCGACUCUUCUUCCUUCUCCCUCCCUCCCUCUGUGUGGUGCUGGGGAUGAAACCCAGCGCCUCAUUUGGGCUAAGCCCCUCCUCUGCCUCUGAGCUCCAUUCCCUGCUCCUUUUUCAUUUUGACAUGAGGGCUCGUUAAGUUUUUAGGUUGGUCUCAAACUUGGGAUCCUCCUGCCUCAGCCUCCCAGAUAGCUGAGAAUCCAGGCAAACACUGGCACGCUCGAGCUGCCCGUGAUGACUCUCAGACGUCAGGACUUGGGUAUCUUCGACUCGAAGACCCCCUGUCUGUUUCCGAAGCCGUAGCACCCUUGGGUCCAGGGUUGUGACACUCCUGCUAGUGGAAGGGUCCCUUCUGAGGGAGUCUAGGGGGGCCGGGUUGUGCAGCCUGCUUUUGUCACUUGCACCCUUAUGGGUGCAGCGGUGGAGCGGCGGGUCCUCGUGUUGAUGGGGUUGUGCUGGGUGGGUGUCAGGGAGUCCUGGGACCCUUGCCCAGAGCAAAACCAAGGCCACUUCCGGUGGCCUGGCACCUGCUCCACACCAAGCAGAACCCCGUGAUGGGACCCGCAUUGUGUGGGCAGCCUUGGGAGAUGCCUUGUUGUCUCCAGCUCCCCGGCUCCAGUCCGGGACACCAUCCAUCCCCCCAAGUUCUUGUUGCCAAAGUGACUUCCUGCAGCCUUCCUGACUCACCACCCCCCCACAGGGGUUUCUGAGUAGUAAAGGCUCAUUUAAGUUCACACUUAUUUCUAGGAAGCUCCGUGUACCCCACGCCAGGGGCCACCCAUAGAACUUCAGAGUGAGAAGAUUUUUUUUUUUUUUUUUGCACACCCAGAAAUUGAACGAUUACUGGGCCUGGUGGCGCACGUCUGUCAUCCCAGCACUUGGGAGGCUGAGGCAGGAGGAUCGCCAAUUAGUUCGAGGCCAGCCUGGACUACACUGCGAGACCCUGUUUCAAAAUAGACAAAAGUCUUUUAGAGUUCAGCUUCAAGUAGCAGCAGAGAGAUCUGCUUUGAGGUUCUCUCAAGACUGGAAAGAAUGUAGGAAAAAAUCACAUUUGUUUAUUUCUUCUCAAAAUAAGGCAGGUUUUCCAUGGUGUGAUUAGAGAGGGAGGCUUCCUUCAUGAUGGUCACUAGGGAGCGGAAGCGGGGUCCUCGUAGCUCACAGGAGGAGGGAGGGUUAAGUUCACAGAUGGAAA